AUGGCUGCAAGUCUGGACUCGCCGAGCGAUAUCUCGAAACACACUACCGUGAUAGGCCUCAAGGCUGAUCCCAAUGCUCAGCUCGAUAUCGAGAAGACCGCGACGCAAGGAACUGAACGAAAUGGCAGCAGCACUGAAAUCCCUGGACAGAACAAUGCUGGGUUCCAUCGUUCUCUGACCCGGCGGAAAGUCAUGAUGAUGACCUUUGGCGCUGGCAUUGGGACUGGUUUGUGGGUAGGAACGGGACAGGCCUUGUACUAUGCGGGGCCUGGUGGGAUCGCCGUUACCUAUACGAUUAUCGCAUUCGUGGUUUACGUGCAGUUCUGCUCAAUUGGUGAAAUGACAACAUACAAACCAGUCCACGGUGGGUUUAUCCGCCAGUGUGCCGAAUACGUCGAUCCGGCGUAUGGGUUUGCCAUUGGAAUUAACUUCUGGUUCUCGUGGGUGAUGAUUAUACCAGCAGAGAUCACAGCCGCUAUCUCAGUGCUCAAAUUCUGGCCAGAGACGGACGUCAUACCCCUCGCAGCGUAUAUCACGAUAUUCCUCGUCGUUAUCGCGAUUGGUAAUGUCUUUCAUGUGAAGGUAUACGGCUACAUCGAAUACUUCAUGUCAUUCUUCAAGAUCAUGGCCAUUAUCUUGAUGAUCUUCUUCAUGAUCAUCAUGACAUCUGGGGGAAUCCCCGCUACCAACGGGCCCAUCGAGUUCCGAUACUGGAAGCACCCCGGCGCAUUCAAGAACGGCAUGAAAGGAAUCGCCAAGGCAUUUAUCCAAGCCGCUUUCAGCUUUGGUGGAGGUGAACACAUCGCCGUCAUCGCCGGCGAAGUCGCCGACCCUAGACGAACCAUUAAGAAAACCGUCCGCCCGGUCUUCUGGCGAAUGUUCACAUUCUUCGUCGUCAACAUUUGGCUAGUGGGGAUGUGCGUGCCAUCCGAUGAUACCAACCUCGCAACAGCCAGCGGAACACUCGGGAGUCCAUUCGUGAUUGCCAUCCAGCGCGCUGGUGUUCCUGGCUUGGCACAUGCGAUCAAUGGCUUCAUCUUCCUGAGCGUCAUCAGCUGUGGGAUCACGAGCACUUAUGUGGCGAGCCGCAGUUUGACGGCCCUCUCGGAUAUCAAUCUCAUUCAUUCUUUCUUCGGAUGGAAGGAUCGCCAGGGUCGGCCGUGGGUUGCUAUGGCUAUCAGUCUGGGGCUGGGAGGUGGACUGUGCUAUCUGAACGUGGAUAGUGUCGGGACGGUCGUCUAUGGCUGGUUUUCAUCUUUGGUUGCUAUUUCGACCCUGUUCGAGUGGUCCGGCGUCUACAUCGCCCACCUUCGCUUCCGACAGGGAUUGAAGGCGCAAGGCAUGGACCUUCGUAAUUUACCUUUCAAAGGAUUCCUGACUCCAUGGACGCAGUGGUUCGGUCUACUGAUCGUGCUGUUCUUUUUUGGCUGCGAGUUCUAUCUCUCCUGUUUCCCAUUCGGAGAGAAGGGAUCGGCAAAGACAUUCUUCUCCAGCUAUCUCGCUGCUCCCUUGUUUGUCCUGGAUUAUUUUAGCUACAAGUGGUAUUUCAAGACAAAGAUCGUGAAGCCCAUCGAUAUGGAUUUUUCCGAAGCGCACUACUUCGACGAAGAAGAUCGUUUGCAUGCGAUCGCAGCUGAAGAGAAGAAAGCACAGAUGGGUGAAAAGGUCACAUGGAUUAAGAGGGCUCGCUAUUUGGUAUUUGGAUAA